AACAACAGCCGCAUCAAGCUGGGGCUUAAGAGCCUCGUCAGCAAAGGCACCCUGGUGCAGACCAAGGGCACUGGCGCCUCUGGCUCUUUCCGCCUCAAUAAGAAGCCUGGAGAAGUGAAGGAAAAAGCUCCCAAGAAGCGAGCAGCCGCGGCCAAGCCCAAAAAGCCGGCGGCCAAGAAACCUGCCAGCGCCGCCAAGAAGCCUAAAAAAGCGGCGGCGGUGAAGAAGAGCCCUAAGAAAGCCAAAAAGCCGGCGGCCGCGACGACGAAGAAAGCGGCUAAGAGUCCCAAAAAAGCGGCCAAGGCAGGUCGCCCCAAGAAGGCAGCGAAGAGCCCGGCCAAGGCAAAGGCGGUGAAGCCCAAAGCAGCCAAGCCCAAGGCGGCCAAGCCCAAAGCGGCCAAGGCAAAGAAGGCGGCGCCCAAGAAGAAGUAAAUUAUACAGAGGAGUCUUGAUCUAC